AUGUCGCUGCACGGCAAGCGCAUCGUCUUCACUGGCACCUUGUCCAUGACGCGCAAAGAAGCCACCAAGUUGGCUUCCGAAGCAGGCGCCCUGGUCACCGGAAGCAUUUCGAAAAGCACAGAUAUCAUCGUUGCAGAGAGCGACGCCGCAAACACAACCAAAGUGCUGAGUGCGAAGGCCUUCGGCACGGAGAUCUGGAGCGAGAAGGAUUUCUCGAAGGCCCUGAAGGCCAAGCCGAAAGCCAAGGCCAAAGCCAAGGCCAAGGGACGAAGCCCAAAAGCGGCCGCCGUGCCAGCGGUAAAGAGCCAGCAUUUGUUCUUGGACCACGCGAAGAACAAGGAGUUCGACAAAGUCAUGAAGUUGGUGAAGGAGAAUGCCGGCUAUGUCAACGUCCAGCCGGCAGGCCGCUGGACGGCCCUGCAUCAGGCGGCGGAGGCCGGAGACAAGAAGGUCGUGAAGUUUCUGUUGGAUCACAAGGCCGAUGUCACCCUCCAGACCAACGACGGCCAGACGCCCGUCGACGUGGCCAAAGCCAGCGUGAAAGACCUGCUGAAGGUGCCGGGAAAGCGCAAAGCAGCUGCUGCCGGCCUCGAGAAGUCCACGGACUGCAGGUUGCAUCUCUUUGAGCCCAUGUCGGCAACCGAGCUUGCAGAGAAGCAAGGUGGGUGGUUUGCCGGUGACGACGACUCUUCGUUCUGCGAAGAAGGCGUGCAGCACCUGCACAUGAAGACUGCCCCAGCGGAGGCGAAGAGCAUAGCACAGGAUCUUCAGAAGGCUGUGAAGGGAGCGUAUAUGGCCGCUGGCGAGUCCGACUGCGCGCCCAUGGUCAUCGUAAUCUCCAACGCCGGCGAGUUCACGGCCUCGGAUGCCAUCCUCAAGGCUUUGGCCGUGCUCGAAGACGUAGACGGCGAGAUGCUACACACCAAGGUGACGUUCGCGCACUGCGACUUCGGGGAGAUGGAGAUCUUUUGCAACAACGACGGGGAUGAGGACGAGGAGGAAGAGGAGGACGAACACACCAAGAAGUUGAAGAAAGCCACCAAGAUCAUGGCCAAGAGCCUGACGGACUGCUUCCACCUGAACUUCGAGGAUGGCAUCAUCUGCGCGCCCCAGGUCUGGGGUGGCUGGACCGAGGACCAGAAGCACAUCGUUGGAAUUCUCGGCAUGCGAGUGUGGACCUGA